CCCUAUUAAAACUGCUCACCCCCCCGAGCCAGCCUUGUCGAUGUGCUCUAGACCGCCGCCAAAUCCUGCGCAGUUCUUCUUCACCACCGCCUAACCGAUCGUUAAGAGGUAUUUUGGGGCAGCGGCGCUUAGAGACAAAGAGGACCGAAGGAAGAGGGGUCUUUGCGAACAGACUUGAGUGAGCCCGGAAGCACGAGACCACGCAAUCAGCAGGACGUCGUCUUCAAAGAUGAGGGCCACUUUGGGUGCCGUUCUGGCGGUCGCGUCAUGGGCGUCGGCACAGAAUGUUGUCCAGCUCGACCUCAAUAGAGUCGCCCUCCCGGGAAUCAGAGUCGGCAAGCCACCGCUGCUGGCCCCGCUAAGGCGACGCGGCACUUUUACCCAGACGGCAAUAAACAAUAUCACGGGCGGAGGCUACUAUGUCGACAUCGCAGUGGGCAACCCGCCCCAGAAAAUGAGCAUGGUCCUUGACACGGGCAGCAGCGAUGCGUGGGUGGUGAGCCACGAUGCCGAGUUCUGCACAAAUGAAAAGCUGCAGCAGGCCGCCGGACAGGCGUGCGGCGGAACAUACAACCCCGGGAAGAGCUCCAGCUACAAGCUGCUCAGCGAGGGUGGCUUCUCCAUCACAUACAUCGACCAGAGCACCGCAGCGGGGGACUACAUAUCUGACGAUUUCACCAUCGCCGGCACAACCAUCAAGUCCCUGCAGAUGGGCCUUGUCUCCGAUGUCGACCGGGGCACCGGCGUCCUCGGCAUCGGUUAUAAUUCUAGCGAAUCUACCAUUCACACCUACCCCAACCUCGUGGACCAGUUCGUCAACCAGGGUUUGAUCAGCAGCAGGGCCUAUUCGCUGUGGUUGAACGACCGCCGGUCCGAUGCCGGGACGAUCCUGUUCGGCGGCAUCGACAAGGAGAAGUUCAUCGGCCCGCUCAACAUCGUGCCGGUCCUGCCGAGCGACGACGGGACCGAAGACGGAACCUACGCCACCUUCGCCGUGGCCUUUAGCUCUCUCAAGGUGGCCAGCAACGGGACGAGCGGCGCGGUCCCCUUCGCCAACAACGACCCCAUCGCCGCCGUCCUCGACACGGGCACCACCCUGUCCUACAUCCCCGACUCCAUGGCCGCGGCCAUCUACUCCGACCUGGGCGUCGUCAUGGACAACCAGGUCUCGGGCCUGGCCCUGAUCGACUGCACGUACCUCGAGUCCGACCUGACCAUCACCUUCGGCUUCGGCCUGAAGGCCUCGGCGUCGGCGUCCAUCGCCGUGCCGGUGUACGAGAUGGUCCUGGACAUCGCGCGCGACUACCAGAGCGAGCUGGGGUCCAACAAGGCCGUGACCUUCAGCAGCAUCUGCGUCUUCGGCCUCCAGCCCAUGAGCCGCUUCAGCUCCGGCGACGACGGCGACGACUUCGACGACGUCCUGAACUCCCUCGCCCUCCUCGGCGACACCGUCCUCCGCUCCGCCUACGUCGUCUACGACCUCGACCACAACGAGAUCGGCCUGGCGCAGGCCAAUCUCAACAGCACCGCCUCGGGCCCCAAGGACAUCGUCGAGCUCAACGCCGCGGCCGCGGGCAUCCCGAGCGUCACCGGCGUCGCCGCCCAGCAGACCACGUACCGGCCCCCGCAGCCCACCCGCACGGCGGGGGAUUCGUCGUCCCGUACCGGCUCCGCCGGCGGCGUGGAGACGGUCACCGUGACGGGCAAGCCGAAGCAGAACAGCGCCGCGGGCGGGCUGGGGGGCGGCCCCGCGAGGGGACCCGGCGCCGAGGCCCUCGGCGUCAUGGCGCUCGCGGGCGUCCUUGCCGCGGUCGGGGGCGCCGUGUUUGCCCUGUAAAUUUGGAGCGGGCGGGUUGUGCGUGUUGGU